AUGGUAGCGCUUUUUACACGUGUCAGUAACGGCGGUUGGUGCCACGUCGAUGCCGAGAGGCUGGAGCCGAGAGUGGAGGAGAAGGGCGGGUACUUCGUGCUGAAGGAGAAGUUCAGGCAGGGGAUAAACCCUCAGGAGAAGUUGAAGAUCGAGAAUGAGCCGAUGAAAUUGUUCAUGGAGAAUGGAAUUGAGGAGCUCUCGAAAAUCCCGCUCGAGGAGAUCGAGCAGUCGAAGCUCAGCAAGGACGAUAUUGACGUCAGGCUCAAAUGGCUCGGCCUCUUUCACAGGAGAAAGCAUCAGUAUGGCCGGUUCAUGAUGAGGCUGAAGCUCCCGAACGGCAUCACAACAAGCGCCCAAACCCGAUACUUAGCCAGCAUCAUCCGGAAGUACGGCAAAGAUGGCUGUGCUGACAUCACCACCCGGCAAAACUGGCAGAUUCGUGGCGUGGUCUUGCCUGACGUGCCCGAGAUUCUAAACGGGCUCGAGAAAGUCGGGCUCACGAGCUUACAGAGUGGAAUGGACAAUGUAAGAAACCCGGUUGGGAACCCGCUUGCAGGUAUCGACCCGCACGAGAUAAUCGACACGAGGCCAUACAACAAUUUGCUGUCUCAGUACAUAACAGCAAAUUCGCGCGGCAAUCCUGCUUUUACUAACUUGUAA